AAUGUGAAGCUGUGAUGUAAACACCAGCUGGCGCGGGCCGUCCAGUCUCCUGUCAGUGCUGCUGCUCUGCUACCGACAUUAUACACCUCCAAGCCACAAUAAUUUGGAACAUAAUGUCAUCAAACGGCACAGCAUGUGGCGAAGCAGUAAACGAAAGAAGAAAUCAUUUGAAUUGCACGCAUCGUUAAGGAAGAAGAAAAUACAGCUGCCAUCAUGAGUGAUUUGGAAGUGAGCAGCUCUAACUCGGAGCCUGUGUCUGAUGUUAACCCUGAGGAGAUGGCCAGAUUGAUGGCUGAUCUGGAUGAGAUAGACAAUGAUCUAUUUAAGAACACACUGAAAUCUUCUGCAAAGUCUGCAGAUGGAAGUACAGCUCCUAAAACACAAGAUAAAAAAGAUUUUAAAAAGCAGGUGACUUCUGAUAAGAAACCAGUGACAUCAGCAAAAAAAGCAACAGCGAAGCCUUUGGAAGAUGAUGAUGAAGAUUGGGAUGCUGAUGACCUCUUGCAGUCAGAUGAUGAAGUCAAGCCCCGAGGACCAUCGGCUAAAAAGUUGGAGUCGUCAGAAGCAAUUAAAUCUUCACCUGCAAAAGCUGCUAAUUUUAGGAAAAAGGAUGGGUUGGACAUUCCCGAGUCCAGUAAGACGACAACGACGACAUCUAAAAGUAAACUAAUGGCUGAUUUGUUCAGUGAAAAUUCUGAAGAUGUCACUAAAGACACUAAAAUGAAUAAAUCUCCUAGUGCUUAUGAAUUUAAGAAGGAUAAGAGUAAGUUGAUGACGGAUUUAUUUGGAGAGACUGAUGGCUCUAGUCCUGAUAAAUUGAAACCAUCCACUGGAGGAGGUCAGAAUGGUUUAGGGAGAACAGCUGCAAGGAGAGGGCCAGCUAAAAAGGCUAAAGAUGACAUUGUAUUUGAUGAUGAUGAUGACUUACUAGGUGGCUUGGGUGAAACUAGAGGGAAGCCUGGCCCAGUCAAAGACUCUGGCAAGAGUGGAAGUUUUUUAGAUAGUCUGUUGAAGAAAGGCAGCUCUGAAAAUCCCAAGGCAAAAAAAGAAAAGUCUCCAGAGUUUGUUUUAGAUGAUAAGUAUAGAAAUAUGGGCAAGAAUGUUAAAGACGAGAAGAGAGAUUUUGGGGGAUAUGUACCUUCAGCCAGCAAGCUAGACAGUCCACUGAGAAGAACUCCAAACAAAUCGGUCUCUAAUGAUAACUUUGACCUCUUUAGUGAUAAGGAACCAAAAAGACGAAAUCCACGGUCAGCAUCCCAUAGAAAGACGUUUGAAGUAGAUGAUGAUGAUAUUUUGGGAAAUAUUCGAUCUCGCAAAGAAGGUAACAAAGAUGGUAGUCAGAGUUUGAAGACAAAAGACACGGCAAAAGGGAUUACAAAAUCUCCAGCUAAAGUUCAAAAUAAAGAUGACUGGCUUUUUGGUGAUUCAGGGUCAGUGACAGAUUCUGCAAAGAAAAAUAUAGAUGACACUCAAGUUACAGCUUCCAUUGAGAAAGUAGAUGAUAGUAUUAUAAAACCUUCCCCCAGCAAAAGUCAGGAUUGGUUAGGAAAUCUUUUGGCCAGCAGCACGAAAUCGCCUAUGAAGGCUGCAUCUCGGGACAGUUCUCCAAAUCUGAAGCAGUUGGAUGUGUCUCGCAGUGUUCCAGGGUCUGCUUCUCCCAGUGCACUGAGAGCAGACAUUAGAGCGAGCAGUGUGUCUCUCACUCCCUCUGCCAAUCAUGGUACUCAAGCAUCUCCUAUCCCUGCAGCCAAUUUGCCCCUUGUAAUGCCCACAGUUACAGGCAUAGCCCAUCCUGCCCCAGCUGUUGUGUCUACUGUGCCUGCCAUGUCUUCUACAGUUGAAGCAGGAAAUUUGUACAAAAAAUUGGAGCAUCAGUUUUCAACGCAACAGGAAGAGGUCAAUGCUCAGGCAGCAGCCAUUGCAGCUCAACUGCAACAAAAUCAAAAUCAGCUUGAGAUGCACAUGGCUCAACAGCUUCAACAGCAACAGCAGCAAAUGGCAGAUAUGAUGAAAAGAUAUAAGGAUGCAGUUUCAACAUCACAUUUAAAUACUCCCCUACCACUAAAUAAUGAAGAUGAUCGCCAUAAAGUUGUGCAAGUUGACUUAAGAACAGCAGAAGUUGAGGUUGAAAAAUUAAAGGCCGAGCUGAAUCUUCUUCGUAAACAACAUGCAGAAGAAAUUGCAAUGCUCGAGGAUGGUUACAGGCGAAAAAUGGAUGUGGAGAAGGAAGUCUGGGGUCGGGUGGAAAAGCGUUUAAGGGAAGAACGUGAUAGUUUGUUGUCCGACUUCCAGAUAAAGAUAUCAUUGGUGCAGGAGGAGAAGGAGAAUUUGGCAUCCUCAUAUGAAGCUCAGGUUGCAAGCAUCAAGUCAGAGUGGUCUCAAGCAGUGGAACGCACAAAAGAAUUAUAUUCAGGAAUGAUAGAGAGAAUGAAGGAAGAGCACCAUGCUGCCCUGGAGAGAAUUUCUCAGCUCAAGGAAUUGGAAUUGAAAGCCAUAUUGUCUGCAACGGGACAAGUCAGAGAGGUUGAGGCAGUGAUGACGCAGUUGGAGAGCAAUACAUCUAAUUUAUCCGAAUUAACAGCCUCCAUCAACACCCGCCAUGACUCUGCCUUGGAAUUGACUCAGAGGGCUCUUAAGAUGAAGGAGAAACAGUUGCAAGAAUUUGAGGCACAAUUAGCAACAUCACGUGCUGAAUCGGAAAAUGAAAGACGACGACUUAGUACCCUCAUACAAAGACUUGAGAGCACUCUCAUGCAGCAAGGCUCCGAGGUUGAGAAAGAAAAAUGGAGGCUAGCUCAGGAACGAAUGAAAGUUGAAAUGGAACGCCAAGCAAUUACAGAAGAACGAAAGCACUUACAGACCAGUACAGAAACAGAACGACAGAAUUUAGCCAUUGCUCGGGAAAGCUUGAUGGCUGAACACCGGUCCUUGUUACAGUCAGUGAAUCAGCAAAAACAAGAAUUGGCCACUCAACAAGCACACAUAAGUAUCCAGCAGAAACUGGCACACAUUUCUGCUCCCGAGACGAACAUUACUGGAGGGAAUGUGAAUCAAAUGACUAUUGCUGCUGAGAUGACUGCCAUAAACGACAAGCACCGCUGCUUGCACGAGAAAAUUACUGCUGUAAACUACCAGGAGAAACGACUAAAAGAGGAGGAAACAAGGUUAGAGGAGUUGAGCCUCCAAGUCGACCAAGAGAAGACAAAGUUAAAACUGGAGCGAGAUAUCAUUGCCCAAGAGCAAAUGUUCCUGGCCCAGACUCGUAAAGAAAUUGAGACAGCAAGAACACAAGUUGAUGUUUGUCGGCACGAGCAAGAGGUUAAACUUAACCAGAUCACUUCACAGACUCGAGCUCUUCACGUACACCAAGAAAGAUUAGAAAACGAUCACUUGAAAUUAGAACAGUUAAGGGAAGAAGUGAUUCGUUUGUCUCAGCUUGGUUUAUGUGCUUCAUGCCAGGCAAGAGGAGCAGCAGAAUUUGUACUGGAUCGCAUGACAAAGUCAUAUAAUAGACGUCUCCCAGGAGAUGGUGGAGAAGGGCACAUCAAUAGCUCUUUCAAAGUGGAUAAUCAUUAUAAAGUAAAUAUGUCUCCAGCUUCAGUUCUUGCACGUUUAGCAGCUGCACGAGAACAUGAAAAUGUGGAACGAGAGAAGAAGCUUUUGCAAAUUUCUGCUAUGGAUUUUUCUUGACAUUUAUUGUUACUGUACAGUAAAGUACUAUACAGUAUUUAAUUUGACUUCCCCUCUGUGUGAUUUCAGAAAGACUUAUAGCUGUGAUGAAGCAUUUUUAUAAAUUUUAAAUACUAUAGUUGAUGAAGGUAAUAAAUUUCUGAAGGUGUUAUAGCUUAUCUACAACUCUUCUAAACAGUGUGUGACCUCUUUAAGAUGAUGUCAUCAGAGUGAAUUUAGGUUGUCUAUAAAUGCUUUAAAAUAACCAGACAGGUGGGUACUGAAACACACAGUAACAAGCAACAAAAUAUAUAUAUUCUUAAAAAUAAGUUACAUGAUACUGAAGUAACAAACAAUUUGUAAGAGACACUUGAGCUGGGAGGCUUAUGUAGGUGGAGUAUUAUAUUGACUGCUGAAGAUUUAUGAAAGUGAAAUACAUUACUGUAUCAUUCCCAUCAACCAGGUAUCUCAUGGAGGGCAUAGAUUACUCUAUGAUCCCUCUUGUCAUGAUGAAACCUAUCCUAUAUGUAGCCUCCCACUCUCUCUCUUAAUGAUAAUGAUUGUGUAGACUAAUUUAGUCUACUACUAUUGUCUGCCAUUCUCCAUCUAUGAGUGCCACUGUAUUUCAUACAUUUAUAUUCCUACAUCACUGUACAGUAUGCAGUAUAUUUAUUGAAUAAAAUUAUUGUUGUAACUGUUUCUUUCAUAUCUUGUACCAUGGAAUUUUAGUCCAGCAUCAGGAAAUCCUCACUUCUGGAUAAUUUAAAUUUAAAAUUAGCUUUUUGCAUAAUAAUCAGAACUUAUUUCAGAUUAUAUUCAAGGCCGUGUUGAAUUCCUGUUCCUAGAAAUAUUUUGUUAAAGUAUUUUUGUACAGUUUAUAAUAAUAAAGCACCUUACACAAA